GUGGGCGGAGCCUAGGUGCUGCGGGUAAGCCGUAAAGCGAGAUGUUUUGAGACGGGGAGGUCAUUGGAAAGUGAGGGAGGGACUCUCGUUAUAAACUGGGGGACACCGGAGCGGCAUUAAGGCUGUCGGCUCUGAAGCAUUAAAAGGCCAGCUCUUCUGCAGAGUGGGGAACUUCUUGGUGUUGCGCCGUUAAGCGAGCAGCUCGGAAUGUUGCGUUGGGCGGUGCGGUUGCGGCAGUCGGUGCGGGUCCCCCGCUUCGGCCCCGGCUCGGCCCCCGGGAUGAGCUCCCGGCCGGGGUCCUGCCGUCUCAGGAGGUACCACUCCGGAGGUUCGGCCCGGGUCCGGCCCGUGUGCUACGCCACCGCGGUUACCUGCGGCAGGGGCGGGUUUCUGCAGAGUUACCUGUCCGCACGGAGCUGCCAAGGCAAGCGGCUGUACAGCCUGCCGCCCCACCAGAAGGUGGUGCUGCCCGCACUCUCCCCCACAAUGCAGAAUGGCACCAUCGCUCGCUGGGAGAAGAAAGAGGGGGACAAGAUCAGCGAGGGGGACCUGAUCGCCGAGGUGGAGACAGACAAGGCCACGGUGGGCUUUGAGAUUCUGGAGGAGUGUUACUUGGCGAAGAUCCUGGUGGCAGAGGGAACCAGGGACGUGCCCAUUGGUGCCGUCAUCUGUAUAACUGUGGAGAGCCCUGACCUCGUCCCUGCCUUCAAAGACUACACUCUGGACAUGGCAUCUGCACCCCCCAGCCCAGCAGCAACAGCGGCGGUGGCGGCCCCUCCCCCCCCUGCCGCGGCCCCCCCACAGCCGCCCGGCAGCUCCUACCCCCCGCACAUGAAGGUCCUGCUGCCAGCUCUUUCGCCCACCAUGACCAUGGGCACCGUGCAGCGCUGGGAGAAGAAGGUGGGCGAGAAGCUGAGUGAGGGGGACCUGCUGGCUGAGAUCGAGACGGACAAGGCCACCAUCGGGUUCGAGGUGCAGGAGGAGGGUUUCCUGGCAAAGGUGCUGGUCUCGGAGGGUACCAGAGACGUCCCCCUGGGCACCCCUCUGUGCAUCAUCGUGGAGAAGGAGUCUGACAUCGGCGCCUUUGCGGACUACGUGGAGACUGGGGUGGCUGAAAUCAAGAGCCCCCCUCCGGCCCCUGCUCCUGCUCCAGCCCCGGUGGCAGCAGUACCCCCCCUGUCCCAGCAAUCCAUUCCUGCUGCUACACCGGUGCCCCCAGCGGGUGCCAAGGCCUUCGCCAGCCCCCUGGCAAAGAAGCUGGCAGCCGAGAAGGGCAUCGACCUGGCGAAGGUCAGAGGGUCUGGUCCAGACGGGCGGAUCACCAGGAAAGACAUCGAGAGCUUCGUGCCUCCCAAGGCUGCGCCGCAGGCUCCAGCGGCUGCUGUGGCCCCUGUCCCUGGUGCUCCCCCUGCUCCUGCUGUGCCAUCUGGGACCUUCACCGACAUCCCCAUAGGCAACAUCCGCAGAGUGAUUGCCCAGAGGCUGAUGCAGUCCAAACAGACCAUCCCCCACUACUACCUGUCUAUAGACAUCAACAUGGACCAGGUGCUGGAGCUGAGGAAAGAGCUGAAUGAGGAGCUGAAGGCUGAGAACAUCAAGCUGUCGGUGAAUGACUUCAUCAUCAAGGCCUCGGCCCUGGCUUGUGUGAAGGUGCCCGAGGCCAACUCCUCCUGGAUGGACACGGUUAUUCGCCAGAACCAUGUGGUUGACAUGAGCGUCGCUGUCAGCACAGCCAACGGCCUCAUCACUCCCAUCGUGUUCAAUGCCCACAUCAAGGGCCUGGCCUCCAUCAGCCAGGACGUGGCGGCGCUGGCGGCCCGAGCGAGAGAGGGCAAGCUGCAGCCACAUGAGUUCCAGGGCGGCACCUUCACCAUCUCCAACCUGGGCAUGUUUGGCAUCAAGAACUUCUCCGCCAUCAUUAACCCUCCCCAGGCCUGCAUCCUGGCUGUGGGUGGCUCCGAGAAGCGGCUCCUGCCUGCGGACAACGAGAAAGGGUUCGACGUCGCCAACGUGAUGGCGGUGACGCUGAGCUGCGACCACAGGGUGGUGGACGGCGCUGUGGGAGCCCAGUGGCUGGCGGAGUUCAGGAAGUUCGUGGAGAAGCCCGUCACCAUGCUGCUGUAACCUUCCAGGGUGACGGCCCCCCCACCAGGAGGAGGAAACCGACGGGGGCGCAGCUUGUGGGAUCAGUGUCUGUCUUCACCCCUCCCCUGUCUGUCCCACCCCUUCACCUGGUCAUGAUUUACUAAGCUUUUCGACGGCAGGCGCACACAGAAGCACCCAGUCCUGAAACGGGUACCUUUCAGAUUUAAAGUACAGCUUUCAGCUCUGGAUAGGAAUCCUUGUAUCCAUGUUAGAGGGGGGGGGGGAGGGUUUGAAUAUAUUGGAGCUCCAUAAAUCACUGGUGGAGAGGGGUGGGAAACCAGUUUCAAUACUGGCCUGAACCAGGAUCCCCGACCUGUGCUGAUGUUUGUCUCUCGUUUUAAAUAUUUAUAAAGGCUGGGAAUAAAAAAUUGUCUUGGCUACAGCUUCCAAGUUGAAACUACCCUGAUGGUGGGGUUACAGUGGGAUUUGAGUGCCAAAUUCUGCCAAGUGUUAGAUGGCAAAGAGGAAAAUGCUCAUAUUUGGUUCUUUUGAUUUUUCUCCUCUCCUGUUUCUGUGCUGCCUUCACUGGAAGGUACCUGCUGUGUUAAGCAGGUCUGUCAGGACAGAGCAGAGCCCAUCUCUGCAGUUGUCCCCCUGCUCCAACGGGUGGGUUCAGUCUAAAUGUCUUAUCACCCCACAAGGGCAACAGUCCCUUCCUGACCGCUGAUCCCCCUGACCUUGGAAAGCAGUUUCUGUUGAGCUGAGUCUGGAAGUCAGUCUGUUGGUUAGUGUCCUUACAGAUGGUACUUUUAGUGUGUGGUGCAUUGAAGCAGUAAUCCAGGGUUUCCCUCAGUCAAGCUGACUUUUCUUAAAACUGCACUACUUUGUUGCAACACUUCCAGUUUGGACUUCACGUUUGGUGUUGGGGGGUGUGUAGUGGUCCUUCAGUUUUUUGUUCCCUCAUCUUUGCUGUGCCUAUCUGUUCUCUUUCCAUAUGGACUUGAUGCCUGGAUUGGGAUUGAUCCUAUAAGAACCGAUUUGGUUUCUCACCCCAGAUCUUGCACUGUUACUGCAUUGCUUUUAUUUAAAUGUUUUGAGUGUGAAAGGGGUUUGGAGCGUUUGUCUUCAAUUGUUUAUAAGACGCACGUUCUCACUGGACCUGGUUAAGCUGCUACAGAGGGACUGAAAGGAUGAAAAUUUAUUCCAGCUCACCUACAGGACUUGCUAACUGUCUAUUAAUUUAAGUUCAGAGCUUGUGGGAUAAACCUUUAUCUCUGCUGGGUAACCUAGCUAUUUAAAACUGGUCAGGUGUUUAAAUAAACUUUAUUGGAAUUAGUGCUGAAUUUUUAAUAGCCAGUGUAAACAUGGUGGUACAAAGUUUCAUGGUGGUCAUUGUAUCAUGAGGAGCAAAAAAGGAGAAGCUUAAUAAAAUAAGAGAAUUCAUGGGUAAAUUAUAAAAGUGUAUUUGAAUUGAAUCCAGAAAUGCCUACAAAGCUUGUGCAUCCGUUUUGUGGAGAAGGCCGGAUUUGUGCAUUCUGUGACAAACCUGUGACUUUUCUUCCUGACUUUAACACUCCUUGUAAAUUGUCAAUGCUAAAACCAACAUUUGUGUACCUUGUGACUCGACGGAUGCAACAUUGUUAAAUCCCUGCACAGGACUCAUUUUCACACUGCUUUGUUCUGUGAAGGGUGUUCCUCCAAAGCCAUCAUGCUGUAAAAUGUGCAUCCAGAUCCUGAGAGGCAACACUGCUGUGAGCAGUAAUGAGCCUCUGCUGAGGCCUGACCACAGUCUGCAGCCUAGUACCCUUCCCUUGCCCUCUCGUUGUAAAUACCUACCUGUACCACACCCCACAGGACAGGCGGGACCUAGCCUUUCUUGCUUCAGCAGCUGGUGUCUAAACAUCAAACAACCCAGAAUUCCUCCUGCUGUAUGUGCGCAAUCCAUCCCUUCUCUAGACAUGGGGGGGGAACAAAGUAAUUUGUUCUAUAGCUGUAUCCUGAAAAUACUGGGGUCUGAUUACAAUGUAGGCUUCCAAGCCUGCUCAUAGCAUAAAUACUGAGGUUUAGUAUUUGGCACCUGAACUUCAGUCAGAAUAGUACAGCUUAUAUUAAGCCAGCUGGUUGUAAGAUUUAUCUGUAAAAAAGUGUGAACUAUCCUCUCACCCAGCCUGUCCAUCAAAUGUACUGUUGAUAAUUGCACGAAUUCUGGACUCUGUGUGAUCUCAUUGUUUAUGCUUUUGUAAUCUGAUUCAGCCUUAAAUUUGGCCUGUUCAUAUACUGCGCACAAUGGGUAUUGUAAAAUGGAGAUUAAAGGUUUUCAAUUGGA